GACAGUUUACACAAAUUUCAAGCUCAAUAACGUUCCCAAAGUCAUUCAGAUUUGGGCACUAAUUUUCAAGAUGGCGGAUAGUAAAAAUUAGGUUGCCGCACAAAAGCUCGAACGACAUACCGUUUCUUCUUCUUUUUCCAUUCCAGUGGGCAUUUGCGGCACAGAUCUGUUGAUGGUUGCAAAAUCUGGCAGGUUGGCAGUACACAAUUCAAUAUGUCAUCUUCAAUCAAAAUCAUAAUAGUGCCAGGUAACGGUUGCACCAAUCCAUUUAUAGCUAACUGGUAUGGUUGGUUGCACAAAAAAUUAACAGAAAUGAAAAUACCAUGCAGAUUAGAGGCAAUGCCUGAUCCGUACACUGCAAGUGAAAGCGAAUGGAUUCCAUAUAUGCACAAAGAAUUAAACUGUGAUGAAAAUACUAUAGUAGUUGGACAUAGCUCAGGUGCUGAAGCAGCGAUGCGAUAUGCUGAAAAGUAUAAACUGAAGGGAAUAACCCUUGUGUCUGGCUGCGUAACAGAUUUAGGGGAUGAGAACGAACGAGCUAGUGGUUAUUACAAUCGACCAUGGCUUUGGGAAGAAAUGAAAAAAAAUACAGAUUUAAUAAUUCAGUUUGGUUCAACUGAUGAUCCAUUCAUUGCCUGGUCUGAACAGCAGGAAAUAGCAGACAAUUUAAAUCCAGAACUUCAUAAGUUUACAGACAAAGGACAUUUUAUGAGCAGUACAUUUCCUGAAUUAUUAAAUGUUAUAAAAACUAAGUUAAAAUAAAUUAACAAAGAGAAUUGUA